UAUUUUGCUAAUAUGUGUAUAUAUCGGGAUGAAGGAGAACAACAAUAUAUAUCCUAAACCAAAGAGAAAAAAAAAGAAAAAAAAAUCUCCGAUUGAGCAGCCACAUGGACUUGUUCGGAGAAUUUCACAAAGUGGAAUUCAAUGGGAAACCAUUUCUUGUAUACCGCAACGUUAUAAAACCAUUACCACAAACACAAACCUCAAACUCCUUUGAUAAACAAUCCAUUGAUUCCGUCUACGAUCUCCCUCCUCAACCUCUUUUCUUAUGCCCUAGACUCCGAACCCGUAUAUUAUUGAAUUCUCUUGAUGAUGAGGUGGAAGAUGAGGUAACUAAUCAUAUCCUUUCCAAGUACAGUUCUUCCCCUCUCUUUGAUGAGACCAGCAACAAUCAUCAUGUACUCCCUCUGUUUUGGUGCAACAACAAAGAAGUUGAUCCGGAAGCAGAAGAAGGCGAUGAGUGCUAUUCCUGCUCUAUCCAAACCAUCGGUACAGACUAUUAUUUUUGUGCCACGUGUGAUAAAAGGUUCCACAAAGAAUGCGUCGAGUGUCCACUUGAGAUUAGUUAUCCUACCCACACCAAACAUUCUCUCCAACUCUUCUAUUCUAAAUAUAGAUUUGACCAUUGCAUCUACUGUAGAAAAAGAGCAACCUAUAUGAUUUAUUUUUGUGCUCUUUGCGACAGUUAUAUGCAUGUCCUUUGUGCUCAGUCAAAAAUACCCUUUUUUAUAGACCAGCCAAAAAGACAUGACCAUACUCUCACCCUUUUCCCUAGACAAGCUUCCUUAACCUGCAAUAUUUGUGGUUUGAUAAAUAAACUCCAUUUCACCUACGUUUGCCCUAUAUGCGAUUUCGUAGCCCAUAGUGAUUGUAUUUAUAUCCCACAAACCAUAAGAAUAUCCCGUCACCACCAUCGUGUCUCUUUUAUUUCUUCCCUUCCUUUUGAAGAAAAGUCUUGUGGAGUUUGCCGUCAAAUGGUUGAUAGUGAUUAUGGUGCAUACACUUGCAAUGUGUGUAGUGGCUAUGUCGUUCACGUAAGAUGUGCAUUACGUAAGGAUAUAUGGGAUGGUAAAGAACUCGCGGAAGUACCAGAAGAGUUAGAAGACGUUGAGUCCUUCAGGAAGAUAGCUAAUGGAGUAAUACUCCAUUUUUCUCAUCGCCAUCAUCUGAAAUUUGACAUAAGUGGAGUUUUCGUUGGAAACAAAUUUUGUCAAGCGUGUGUCCUUCCAAUCAACGAAGGAAAUGUUUAUGUUUGUGUGGAAUGUGAUUUCAUCCUACACGAAACAUGUGCAUAUGCUCCACGUAAAAAGGUCCAUCCAUUACAUCCCCAUCCCCUUACACUAAAGGUUGAUCAUGGAGACGCUUUAUUCCAAUGCAGUGCUUGUAUGCGUAAGAGUAAUGGUUUCGGAUAUGAUUGUACUAGCCGAACUUGUUACUACAUACUAGAUGCAGUGUGUGCCUCGACUGCUGAGCCGUUCAAUUAUCAAGGCCAUCGACAUCCCUUAUUCCUAUCGUUAGACCCAAAAGAGAAGCCAAUGUGCCACAUUUGCAAGUCAACGAAAAAUAAGAAGGUACUUAACUGCAUUGAAUGUGACUUUAUUAUAUGUUUUGAAUGCGCCACCUUACCAUACAUGGUAAGGUACAAGCAUGACGAACAUUACCUCACAUUUUGUCAUGGAGAUGAGGCAAAUGGAUCAGAUUGGUGUGAAUUAUGUGAGGGAAAGUUAGCAAUUGGAGGAAAAGAAGGGUUCUAUAAGUGCAAAGAUUGCUGCACCACGCUUCAUAUUAAUUGCUUACUUGGUCCUGAUCCAUAUUACAAGGCUGGUCAAACUUACGAAAUUGGUGAAAUUGCAAUUCUUUUGCAACACAACAAUUCUGCUUCUCGGCCUAUUUGCUAUUUUUGCAAUAUCCGUUGUCCGUAUCCAAUAUUUUUGGUAGCCACAGUGGAUAGGAUUGCUUAUAUUCUAUGUUCUAGUAAACACUUGAAGUAGGGGAAACCCUACAAUACAUGUCGACAACCAUUGAGUUAUCUGUUUUCUUUUAAAUUUUUUCUGCAACGCUUUUUCUAAUAUGUUGUUGUUGUUUUUGUUGUUGUUGUUGUAUAUAUAUAUAUAUUGUUUGUUUUUUUUGUCAACGUUUUUCGUGUGCUUUUGAUGUAAUAUGUUUACAGUGUGUAAUAAAGCAAUCACUUUUUUUAUCAAAAAA